AUGCCUAUGUUAGUUUUACUUACUAGUUUUAUUUGCUACCCCUCUCUUAAGAUUCUUUAUUGAUGAAAUAAUUAACCCGUACUUCUCAAUCAAGGCCAUUAGACAUCAGUGAUACUGAUCGUAUGAAUAUCCUUUUGUUUAACAAUUUAGAAAUCAAUUGUUAUAUGAAAGAUUAUGUAGGAAAUGAGAUUUUUCGGUUAUUAGAAACUGAUAAUCGAAUAGUUAUUCUUUUCAAAAUCUCUAUUCGUCUAAUUGUAUCUUCCAUGGAUUCUCUUGGAAUUAAAGUAGAUGCAGUUCCUGGACGGAUCAAUCAGCUUAAUUUGUUCUCCAUUCGUCCUGGGUUAUACUUUGGGCAAUGCUCUGAGAUUUGCGGAAUUAAUCACAGAUUCAUACCAAUUAUAUUGGAGAGAACUAGUUACCAGAACUUCGUAAACUGA